CGGCCGCUGGGGGUGCGGCUCAAUAUCUCUGGCUGUUCCCGGAAGCGCUCGGCAGUGCGAAACUGAGUCUCCAAGCGAACAGCAAGAUGAAUGCCGUGUUGUGCCUGUCCCUUGGGACUUUGCUGUGUGCUUUCCAUGCCCAUGGGGGCACCCCAGAAGUUCAGAUAUCCGGCCCAGAGUUCCCAGUUUUUGAAGGAGACGAUGUCACAUUGGAAUGUUCUUCAGGCAGUUACUUUGAUAUGAGGAAUUUUACUUUCCAGAAAUACAGCAAGUGGAUGAACCGGUGGUUCGACCUGGAUACAGUCCAGUAUUUUCGAUGCUGGUACUACAACCUGAAUGUUUCUCGGGAGGGGGGCCGCCUUCUUAUGCAGCUCAAUGACUUCUCUGAGUGGCAGAAGGGCCCGUACCGAUGCAUUUCCUCCGGGGAUAACAUCACCGACAUGGCGGUCUCGGAAAACUUCACCUUUAUUGUGUAUUACCUGCGGGAUGUCUAUCUCCAGCGUGCCAACUCCUGGAGCCCCAGCGUGGGGGAUUAUCUGCUGGUGGAGGAAGGAGCCAAUGUGGAGAUAAAAUGUUCUGCUUCUGCCGACCAAGAACCCUAUUAUGAUUGGACAAAGGAGUUCAGUGAUUGGUCUUGGUCCUAUGACACCCUCACACUCAAUAACGUGCAGCAGUCACAGGCUGGAUUGUACACUUGCACGGCUCGCCACUCCGACUAUCCAAUGAUGGUCAAGAUGAAAACCUUCCAGCUGCGCGUGGCGCCAAAAAGCCCCGACUACUCCUUUGUUUCUGCUCUUCCAGCUGGCCUGAGCCUCGGAGAUAUUCUGCUCUACUUUGUCGCUCCUACUGUUACCCUUCUGCUCCUCGUCAUAACUCUCAUCAUCUUCAUCAUCCGGCACCGUAAAAAGCAAAUGAAGAAACCACAGAUCAGCCUGAUAGAUACUGAGAAGAGGACUCCGAUCUAUAAAGGCAGCAGUCAGUCUGUGUACACCACGUCUGACACACAGCCCCUGGUCAUGUAAACUCUGAGUGGCUGGGCUUCUGGGAGCAUGAAGCCUACUCAGCUGGCACUUGGCUUUCUUGCUCUUCAGGCAAAACUUAUCUUCUACUAUCCGUCUGGUGAAGGUGGAAUCCCAUGAAGAAACGCGAGGGAGGAAGGUGGUUAAAGAAAAAUGGGACAUUUUUUUGUUAUAUCAUUCUUGGCCCAAACCUUGCAGGCAAUAAUAGUUGUAGGAAGCAGCCUGGCAAUGAAUAGCUCUCUGGUAGUCACGUUCCAAAUAUAACAGCUAAUAGGAAUGUUCAAGGCUUGUGUGUCCAGUGAGGAUUUGAUGGCGAUGGUGUUCCCACUGUACUCACAUAGACAUGUUUCACCCAAGUAUAAUUAUCCUGUUUAAUUCCCUUUGCUAAAGUUCAUUGUUUGGUGAGGAAAGAGAAAAACAGCUUUAUAGAAGUGAAGUAAUGAGAAUAAAGGUCCCCAUACACGGGCCGAUUGUAGCUGCCGAUAUGGGUCCCUUGGACUAAUUCAGCAGCUUAUCGGCCCAUGUAGGGGCAGAAACGAAGGGCCUGCCCGACCGAUAUCUUGACUGAAAUUGCCCAGAUAUCGAUCGGCCAGGUUAAAAGAUUCAGUCGGAUCGGGGACGGCAUCGGCUCGUUGAUGCGGUCCCCAAACCGACUGCCCCAUUGCCGCCAUUAUAUACCGAUAGUUUGGCCUUAUUUCCCAGCACUCGUCUCUCCAUUACAGUGCCUUGUAAUGCCACCCUUUGCCACGCAUCCAACCGUUCCUUUUCAUCCUUAUCCUGUCUGUGUGCCUCCAAUGGGCCGGAGUGCAUGGCUGAUCCAGUAGGAGCUCAGUGGGGCCACUUUCUGCCAGUAUUGAGCACACACGGGGUUACACAGCCAGAGAUCCAAGCUGAUAAUGAUGCUUAUAAUGCAGAAAUAGACAAGAGUUCAGUUCAAUAUCUGUGCUUUACGGGGACAGAGUCCCUCCUGUUUUUUAGUUAGACCAGUCCCCUCUUCUGUACCUUAAACUACUUGUCCUGUCGGGACCAUACCAAAUCCUUUGAAAGGGGCUUUACCGAUUGUUUGUUUAAAAAAACCAUAAAAGAAUGCUUUCUACAAUGUGCUUUUUUAUAUGUUUUAUGUGUUGAGACAAAUUAAUGCAGCAAACUAUUUUUCUAAUGAAAAUGAUGGGUAUUGUGAGUGUGGUGUAAUCUUCUACACGCUGUUUUGAUCAUCAUGGCACAGAUUUCCCAGCAACACCCAAAAAUUCACUGAUUAAUAAAGAAUCUGUUAAUGUGCA